AUGAAGCUGUUGGUCAUCUACCUGGCUCUGGGCUGUCCCGCCCGGAUACGCUUCGAGUACGACUUCGUGCAUCUGUCAACGGUCAAUGGUAAAACCCUGGUAAAGAAUUCGCAGCAGGGCAAUGCAAUCGCAGACGGUAUCAGCAAUGGUCUCCGCCGGCUUCUUCACCUCAACGCCAGUGACUAUCUCAACUUCAAGGACUGGACAGUAAGCAAACAUCUCUUAACCUCUAUGUGA